AAGUGUCAAAAACGAAUCAAACUGCGUGUGCACUCACUUCCAACUGCUUGUGUUGGACGAUACCAACUCAGUGUCGUGACUCACUGUCAAGGAGGAAGAUUCACUCUACCAUAUGUUCCUGACAAUGACAUUUACAUGCUGUUCAACCCCUGGUGUAAAGAUGACUGUGUGUUUCUGGAUGACGACUCGGAGAGAGUUGAGUAUGUGCUGAAUGACAUGGGCAGAAUCUACUAUGGAACUAAACAGCAGAUUGGCUGCAGAACAUGGAACUUUGGUCAAUUUGAGGAGGGAGUCUUGCCUGCAUGUUUUUAUGUGUUGGAGAAGAGUUGCACCCCUUGCUCAGGAUGGAGAAGCCCCAUUAACAUUUCCAGAGUGGUGUCUGACAUGGUUAUUGCCAACAAAGACUGUGGUGUGUUGGUGAGUAACUGGUCUAACUGCUAUGGAGAUGGAACUUCUCCCACAUCCUGGUGCGGCAGCAGUGCCAUCCUGAAAGAGUACCACAAAUGUGGAGGAGUACCUGUCAAAUAUGGACAGAGCUUGGCCUUUGCUGGAGUCACCAACACACUGUUGAGAUGUUUGGGCAUUCCCACUCGUCCGGUCUCAAACUUCUGUUCUGCUCAUGACACUGAUGUUUGUUUGACAAGUGACGUCUAUUUGGAUGAGAAAUUUCAGCUGAUUGAUCACAUGAACCAUAAUUCAAUCUGGAACUACCACGUGUGGAAUGAGGCCUGGAUGGCUCGUCCAGACCUGCCUUCUGGUUUUGGAGGUUGGCAGGUGGUUGAUUCCACUCCUCAGCUGACCAGCCAGGGCUUCUUCCGCUGCGGCCCCACCUCUGUUGCUGCCAUCCGCAGUGGACAGACCUUCCUGAAGCAUGAUGUGCCCUUCCUUUUCGCAGAAGUGAACAAUGAUAGAGUGUACUGGCAGCGAGAUGUGAUGGCACCUUUGGUGUUGUCCAUGUUGAGAAAAACGCAGUAGGUCACUGCAUCAGCACCAAGGCCGUUGGCUCAGACAAACGCUUUGAUAUCACGCACCUCUACAAACAUCCAAAAGGUGAAAACACACAUCUCAGUAUAGUAACAGUCACACUAGGGAAA